CUGUCAAUCUAGAAAAAUCGGCGAUUCAGUGAAGUUUGUUUUCGUCUAUUUUGGCCAAGAAUAAACUAUUGUUCAGUUCAAAUAGGAAAGGAAUAAGUUGAAACAGCGAAAAUGAUGGGCGAUUCACCAGAUAAUCCCAAUAAUGAGGCCGCCAAAGUGAAGAUAAAGCAUGACUGGUACCAGACAGACGCGCAGGUAGUGGUCACCAUCCUGAUGAAAAAUGCACCCGCGGACAAAGUGAAGGUGCAUUACGGAGAUAGAAGUCUGUCGGUAACAAGCAUAAUCCCGGGGUCAGACAACGAAUACAGCUUAGAGCUGGAAUUAGCGCACGAGAUAGUGCCAAACAUGUGCUCCCAUAUAGUAUCUCCGUCCAAAAUAGAGGUCAAAUUGAGGAAGAAAGAGGGACUCCGGUGGGCCAAUCUAGAGGGAGAGGGGAAGGAAGAGAAAAUUAAGGCUAUUCCACAAGCUGUAAUAGACGCGUCCGGGCCUCUACAACAACCGCCAAAAAUAUUUAGAAAAGACUGGGAUAAAAUUGAAAAGGACAUGAAGAAAAUGGAGGAAGAAGAAAAACCAGAGGGCGACGCGGCUCUGAAUGCCCUCUUCCAGAAGAUAUACGGAGAAGGAUCCGACGAGGUGCGCAGGGCCAUGAACAAGAGCUUUGUGGAGUCAGGUGGCACCGUGCUAAGCACGAAUUGGAACCAGGUGGGCAAGGACAAGGUGGAGAUGAAGCCACCUGAUGGACUCGAGUUCAAGAAAUGGGAAUAAAUUAGCACUAUUAAUAUUAAUAUAGAAUAAAAAGGCACAGAUAUUGAGCGCUGAAGGAUAGUGGGCAAAACUGGGUAAGGUGGCAAUUCGCCCACGUAACAUCUGGCCUGCGGACGAGUUUUCACCACCUAUCACGCAUUAACAGAAAGCUCGGUGAGAUGUGGAUAUUUAGUUCAUCUUGCGACGGAUGUACCACUGACUACCCCCAUUUGGCAUAUAGUCGUGAGCUUGUGAUGUGUUAUGUGGACAAGUUUCCACUUUUUAAUUUUUUUGUAGUCAUCUCGCCCGAAUGGUUUUAUUGAGAUUGGACCAGUUUACGCUGAACGAAGAAUGAACGGAUGAAGUGGUCCUAUCCUACAUAGAAAAUAUCUUUUACAACAUUUUAGAACUAAAUUACCUCUUCAUUCGGGCGAGUAAACUGCAAAAGCUGUCGCUUUAAGCGAUAAGGCCGCCAUUUGCCAUGUACUUAGUUAAGAGACUUUUUUGUAAUUAUUUCUUUUUAUUUUGGUGCAAUAAGGUGUAUUUGUAUUGUAUUGUUUGUAUUGUAAAGUGAAAACUCGCCCGCAGGCCAGAUAUUAAGUGCACUCCAUACAGAAACCUUACUCUUUAGCGGCUUACAGCCAUUUAGACUAAAGUAAGACCCAGAGGGGGUGAAGUCGGCGCCCGAUGCGAAUUGGUGCGGGGCGGAAAGCUCCGGAUCGUGCCACAGAAUACCAUAAAAUGAGGAAUAAAUACUACGUAUAGAACUGCUUGAGGAGCUCGGUGGCGCAGCGGUAAACGCGCUCGGUCUGCGAUUGUUGAAAUUAAGCAACUUCCGCAAAGGCCGUUCAUGGGAUGGGUGACCACAUAAAAAAAGUUUUCAUCUCGAGCUCCUCCGUGUUUCGGAAGGUUAAGCCGUUGGUCCCGGCUGCAUUAGCAGUCGUUAAUAACCACCAAUCCGCACUGGGCCCGCGUGAUGGUUUAAGGCCCGAUCUCCCUAUCCAUCCAUAGUGAAUGCCCGUGCCCCAAGUGGAGACGUUAAUGGGGUGGUGAUGAUGAUGAUAGAACUGCAACUCUCCGCUCCCCGAUACGGCCUAGGUUACGAACUAGGUUAACCUAACCCCCCCUCGGUCUUACUUUAGUCUUCAAUCGGACGUCAGACGUCACACACACAGAUGCGCGUGUACGACAACGUCAAUGUGUAGUGUCUGUGUAAAACGAGGUGUUGUGCUAUUAGUACAAGCACUGUGUUAUAUUGGUGCUGGUUCCCGUACGCAUCUAAUUUUAUUUUAAGUUAUACCUGUCAUUUUCUUAUCCGCCGAAAAGAAAAGGGACGGGUAAUCGACAGGCAUAAAAUUUAUGAAACACGCGUGGAAAAUUUUACAUUGGCCAAUAACGUGACAAAUUAAGUUGAUAACACUCGUCAAACGGGUUGCAUAUCAACGAGAUGCCUAUCUAAUUCGCCCGGGUUCAUUCAUUCAUUUUAAAAUUAACAUCUGUCACUUAUCUGUCCCUUUCCUUUUUGGCGGAUAAGAAAAUGACAGGUAUAACUUAAAAUAAAAUUAGGCACCUGCCUGCAGGAAUUAGGGCCAAUCAUUUAAGAUUUUUACGUUUAUUUUGUAUCUUAGUCAAGCUUAUUAUUUUAAAUAAUGAACUGAAUGUGUAAGAAUUUCUCUUGUGCGCAAAUACUUAUAAUAAAUCUAAAGAACUAA